CAGUGUGUGAGUUCGAAUCGUUAGGAGGCACGCAGCCAUUACAAUACGCUAUAUUCAAGCCGAGCGCCACGCGAUUUAAGGAACUAGACUAUUACUGGCUCACGUUCUUUCUUUUAAAUAUCAGUUUUAUGAAACUCAAUUUGAACUUUAACGAUAAUAUUUUUUGGCUAACAGUCGUGUUUGUAAAUAUAGUCAGGCGUUGCGUCGACGUGAGACGCUCCGCAUUCCCAGGCAGUUGACUCGCCGGAGGCACGCGCAGACAUACAGCCUUUUCCGUUUGUUCAACGCAUUCAUUUGAACGCCUGUAUUUCGUUAACCAAGAAGAUUCCGAUUUAAGAGACUCGCUUCGAUUUAGAUGGCAAGCUUCCCAGAUUUUGUCAACGAAAAUGAAAUAGGUAAAGCUAAGUUCAUCGGGGAACUCCUACCUCCUGUUGCUCCCUUUGACCAGAAGUCUGGAAGGGAGACUUGGACUGCAGCUUUUGCACCUGAUGGUUCUUACUUCGCUUGGUCUCAAGGGCAUCGAAUUGUGAGACUUGUACCAUGGAAAAAAUGCUUAGCCAGCUUUUCUGUAAAAAAGGAAGAUCGGUCGAGCGGUGCUGGUCCUCGACGACUCUCCCGGCAGAACAGUGAAGGCAGUCUGCUCCCAGGUGAGCCCAGAGAGCACACCAUCGACUGUGGUGACAUUGUUUGGGGCCUGGCAUUCGGCUCUUCUGUUCCCGAAAAGCAGAGUCGCUGCGUUAAUAUCGAAUGGCAUCGGUUCAAGUUCGGCCAGGACCAGCUGCUACUGGCCACGGGCCUCAACAACGGCCGCAUCAAAAUCUGGGAUGUCUAUACAGGAAAACUUUUGCUGAACCUGAUGGACCACACAGACAUUGUGCGAGACCUAACAUUUGCCCCAGAUGGGAGUUUAGUGCUGGUUUCUGCUUCAAGAGACAAGACUCUACGCGUAUGGGACCUAAAAGAUGAUGGUAACAUGGUGAAAGUACUCCGUGGCCAUCAAAACUGGGUCUACUGCAGCGCUUUCUCACCUGAUUCAUCUGUCCUUUGUUCCGUAGGCGCCGGCAAAGCGGUCUUCCUGUGGGACAUGGAUAAGUACACUCUGAUCCGUAAGCUGGAGGGCCAUCAUAACGAUGUGGUGUCCUGCGAGUUCUCUCCUGACGGGGCCUUGCUGGCCACAGCCUCCUAUGACACCCGUGUCAUAGUGUGGGACCCUCAUACAGCCACCGUUCUGCUUGAGCUGGGGCAUCUCUUCCCUCCUCCCUCACCCAUAUUUGCAGGAGGAGCAAAUGAUCGAUGGGUUCGUUCCGUUGCCUUUUGUCACGACGGUUGGCACAUUGCCAGCGUCACUGAUGACAGGCUGGUGCGUUUCUGGAGUAUCGGUGAGAAGAGUCCUCAAGCCAUCGCCCCUCUCACUAACGGCCUCUGUUGUGCCUUUUCUACUGACGGAAGUGUCUUAGCUGCUGGGUCUCGUGACGGUAGCGUGCAUUUCUGGGCUUCUCCACGCAGAAUUGCGAGCCUCCAGCACCUGUGCCGCCUGACCCUGCGGCGAGUCAUGCCCACCCCGCAGGUUUAUACGCUGCCCAUUCCUUUCUCCAUGCAAGACUACCUGGCAUACAAGACGCUUUAAGUUGGAAUGUAAAACACAGCACUCGUUGAAACCAAAUGAAAUGUGUGGGGUUUUGUGGUGGGGUUUUUUUUUAAGACAAAUAUUUUUUGUGCUCUAACCAGCUUUCUGCUCAUGAAAGGCGAGGUUGGUUCUUUUUGUAUUUAUUUAUUUUUCUAAUAUUUUUUUUUUUUAAGUUUAGUUUUCCUAGUUGCAAGUGUAUUUCAAUACUUUGUUCAGUAUAUAUAUUUUUAAGCCCAUAUCAGGUAGUGGCCUUCAGACAGCCUUAAUAGAUCAGCGAACCACAUUUUGUCCUUUUGAACCUUUUUUUAAAUUUUUUUAUUUUUUUUGGUCCGGCACAACUUGUACAGCACCUUAGAGUUGGUAAAUGAUGGGUGAAAGUGGUGCUUUCUCUGGCUCAGUUCAAGGUAUUCCUGCACUGAGUUUAAAGCGAUGUGAUGGGGGAUUAUCUCCUGAAUGUUCUUUUUCCGUUCUUGCUGUGAGAGGAAUUGAAGGGAAGUGACGAUGUGAAAGUAUGUAUGUGUGUGUGCAUGUGAUGGGCGGAAUAGAGUUGGGUAGUUCAGGGACACGGGCAGUGCCUCCCCUUUACGUGCCUCUUUAGUGAAAAUAAACAUCCACACGCUUAUGCUGCUUCAGUAACGGCCUUCAUCAUCACAAACCUAAAACUACAGUAACACAUGGGCUAAUUUGUUUUCUCCACAAAUUGUAUAUUUUUUACCUGUACAGAGAUUUAAGGCACGUUUUUGUUGUGUGUAUAUAUAUAUACAUAUGUUUGUAUAAAUGUAUAUGUAGCUUCAAUUUUUUUCCAUGCUUCUCAUGAAUCAUUUUAUAAUGCUUGUAUUGAAAGUCUGCUCUGUACAUGGUCUUUUCUCUUGUGCGACGGUGAUGUUUUGUAGGGGAAUGACACCAAAAGUUUGCUUCGAGGAGAAACUGCCAGCCAAUUUGAUGAGAUUUUACCUAACCAGCAGUGAAACUGAUGCCACAUCCUUGAUUUCUCAUUCCAAACAAAUUGCCACCGACUUCCACUUGCUGUAUCUGCUAUGAAAUAUGGCACUUUUACCCAGCCUGACACAUUGCCUAGUCCUAACCAUUAUCUCGCCACUUAACUCUCAAUCAAACUUCAGUCUGUUAACACUUUGACAUUCGACAGCCAUGUGUGUUUUAACAGUGAGGUUUUGUGGAGGUGAUUUCGUUUGGGCAUGUCUCCUCUACCUCUCAUUUUGAGGAAUGGGUUUAUUGGAUAUCCUGGAACAAAAUGGCAUGAUUCUGUUUGUUACACUUGUGACCCUGCCUGUCAUUUAAAGCGAGUUGAUUGGCAUCAAUUAAGAAUGUGAGAAUCCGAAUGUGGCAUAUUCAUCUGGUCAUGCAGUCAAACA